UAAUUCUGAAAGAGGGGCUGCUUAUGAAACCGCACGGCCGUUUACUAAAACUGCUCGGAACAGAGUCCAGUUAGCGUUCAGUAACCGACAGAUAAGCUUUCCAUCACAAUGACUUAAUUAUAUUACGUGGGUGCAUAGUUUCUGUUGAAUUGUCUUGGUUUACCGUUUUGUUAUAGCUAUAAAAAGAUAUCAUCGGCAAAUGUCAGCAGUAAGUGGCUGCAAAUGACGCUGCUCAUGUUUUACCUCCCUGUAAUGGAUUAACAUUGAGAGACGAAUAUAACGGAGCUUGGAAAAGGAUGGAUUGGCCGGGGGAUGUUCCUGAAGACCACGCCUUUGUGGAGCUGCUGGUUCCAGGGGUUUCCAGUGAGAUGGACUUCGAACAGCUCCUAAAAGACACAGAGGAGAAACUUACUCUCAAUGCCAACAGCAUUGAACAGCAGCUGAAGGAGCUCCAGGCCACAAUGGGCGAAUCCCGGACAGGCGAGCGUCCACCGAGCCCUUCAGAGUGGUUCAGAACGCACAACAGCUUCAAGCCUGUUACCACAGGACAUCAAGAGCUCAUGGACUUCUUCAGAGCUUUGCAAGAGUACCUGAGGUCUGAAGAGGAGGGCAAAGAGGAGGUGACACUUCAGCUGCUGCUGAAUGUAUCUUCCCAGUCUGGCAUUUGCUUUCCUUGUACCCCUUCUUCUUCCUCCUCUCUUCAUCCUCAACUGACUGCCUCCUGCAUCCACUUGGUACAUACCGUCAGAGAUGACGCUUCAUUGGAGAUCCAGGAGGCGUGGGAUGAUGUGCGUCUCCAGCUGCGUCGCCACCUGCUGGGCCGGCUGUCUCCCCGCAGCCCUGACAAUCCUGGACCGGGACGUGUUUCUGCUCUGUCCAUCCCAGAACAGGUCUUCUGUCUGCAACAGCUGUUCUUUCUUUACCCUGAGUCUGAGGUGCUCACACAUUACCAGCGUCUGAGAAGCCAAACCGUGCUGGAUCUUCUUAUCUCUGCACUGAGCUCAAGCUCAGGCGGUGAGACUGGCUUCGACAGACUGGCUGUCGGCUUCCGGUCUGUGGUCCCAGCUCUGACCCAAGCCCUCACAGAUGAGCUCUAUGUCCUUUCAAGACUAGCAGAGCCACCCACCAUCCUGGGCUUCCUCAAUGCAGCCUACCUCAGCACCGUGGCCCGAGAACUGGCCUCCCUGAUGGAGAGAGAAUAUGAGACGGCCCUGAGGGACAACACCUCGCACAGCAGCAAGAAACAUUCAGCCAGGUCCCGGGUAAACAUAGCACCGAAGGAGCCUCCCAUGAAAAACAGGAGCUUCAGUUUGACCUCCCACCAGCUGAGGGCGUUAACCCAGCUGGCCUGCACCCUGCUCGGGUUUGAGAGGACUGUGAAGGAGCUGAUCACGAAUAUGACGUUCAUUGAUUGUACAGGGGAGACUCCAUGUGUAAAAGGUAUCUUGAAAAAGAGUAGAGAGGAUUCACACCUGACAACAGAUGGCAAGAAACCCACAGCAGAAGCUCGUCACACACCAGAGGCGCAGGUUUUGGAGUUUGACUGGAGGUCAGCGUUUAGAGGGUUGGUCCCCCACAUGGCUCACUGUGUUAAAGUGGUGCUGGAUGAUGCUUGUGCCAAGAGUCUGCAGCAGGAAGAGGCCUUACAUUCUUCAGGACACACCUCCGUCACCCUGACCUGCGCUACUGGGAGCGCUGCUGCCGCCGCCGCCGCCGCCGCCGCCGCCAGCAACACACAUCUCAGAGAAGAUUCCUGCUCCACCUACUCAGAGAGAGAGACUCCCAAAUUUAUAGCCAAGUUCUGUGGAGCAAUCAUGACUGAGCUGGAUGCUUUACUACCCUUGGCAGAAGCCUGCAGGGACAGCUCUCUCCUGGAGGUGCGAUCAAGCUUUGUGGAGACGUGUGGCAGGGCAGCGUUCGCCAUGCUGGGCCGUUUGCAGGAGAGGGCCCUGGAGGUACCGUCCUCUGCACCCAUGAAGAACCUGCCUGCUCUGCUGUCCACUUGCAUUUAUGUGCACCAACGACUGGAGCACUACCAUGCCAGGCUGAAAGAUUCAAAUACCGCUGCAGCUAAAGUACCCCUGACCCUGCUGCCUAUCCAGAAGUACCAAGAAAUAGUGGAGGCCUUAAGAGACCAGCUGACCAGCUACUGCAUCCAGGUUUGCUUCACCUGCAUUCUGCAAGACGCAGAGAGUCACCACUGGGCUGACCCCAAGCCCUUUUACGAGGGUGAGCGCUGCUCCUUCUCGGUGCAGAUGUGGUUCUACUUCCUGUGUGGGCUCCGUAGCGACCUGUGGGCGAUCCUUCCGGCAGACUUGGCCAAGGAGGUGCUUGGCCAGGUGCUGUCAGAGACUUUACAACUGCUGGUGCAGAGAUAUGCCAGGGCCCGUCCUUCAUACAAGAGACACCUGCAAGUCAGGUGUGACAUCACAGCAGUGUUGCUGUAUGUGGAGCAGCUUAUGUGGAGUGUGUGUGAAAGUCCCGAGGCCUUGGUGCACUCCAAUCCUUAUUCAGCAAUUGCCAUAAUAGCGGGCAGAUCAGACUGGCCGUACCAAAUCCACAGCCUGUGUGAGCAGCUCCUGACAGUCCUCGUCAUUGUCACAGCACCUCUUUCUUUGCUGUAUAGGAUAUUUAUGAUUGAUCCUGCGAAGGAGUCCACGCCGCAUCAGCCUGACAGCCCUGCUGUCCACUGGCUAAAUGCUAUCAACCCUGACCUCUUCACCGAGCAGGCCAUGCGAGACGGCCUUGUGGGCCAGGCGGCCUCCGCGUGUCAGCUGAGGCUGCUGACCUCUGACCCGGGAUGCAAUCCCAGGUUGCUGCUGCGAACGCUGCUUUACAGAGACUGUCACCUGCCCAGAAUGCUCCUGGAAAACUCUCAUUUUUGCAUGGAGAGCUGCUUAGAAAUGUCUACAGAGGGCUCUAAGGCAGGAGAUGACUUCAUAGUCGCAUUGUUCAACCUUUUCAGUUGCCUGAACAAUGUUCCGAAGGCCUUGACUCAGGUCCUUCAACCAUACCUGGAAAGGGCACAAAUAUGGGACCAUCUCUACACACUUGCAGACACAACGAGGACAGUUCCUGUAGUGAUCAGCUGUGUCCGGGCGAUCGUCACCAAGUCUACCAACACCCUCUUGGUACACCUGGUCUCCAUGGUGAUGGGUUGGCAGGCCACAGAGGUGCGCAGUGGAGCCCUGUUCAAGCAGAAUGCACCUGAGAGUGUCUUGGCAAAAAUCCCAAAGGAGUGGAACUACACACCACCUGAAGCAAGGAGAAAGGAGACUGCCACUAAGACUGUCAUAUCCUUAACUAUCCAGACCUUCUCCUUCAUUUUAACCAACCUGCCCCUCGCCGUAGCAUCCGUGCCUCUUCCGAUCCGCUACCUCUUCCAAGUGGCAGAGAAGCAACUCUCCCAGCAUUCCCGGCAGCUGCGCUUAGUGGGCCUGUUACUCUGGGCCCUGCUAGGCUGUCUGAUCCAGGGCCUGGAGGACCCACGCACAUUAGAACAGAUCAGUGGUCUGGCCCUGGACAGCGGAGCAAAAGAGCCCCUGUCCCUGCUGGCUGAGUGCCUACAGGCUGCCAUGGGCAUUCAACAGAAGGGUGUUCCCAAACCCACAAUGCACAAAGUGCUGCAGGCUAUGGAGGAAAAAAGACCCAAGUGGACAAACAUACAGCUGCAGAAGGCCCGCAAGCUCUGCUCAGACAGUGAGUUUGAGCGAGGAAGGGAGAGCGGAGUCGCUGCGGCUGAACUGACUGAGCAGAAAAUAGGCCUGAUGCUGCUGGAGGUCUGCCACAAAGCAGGUGGCAGCGACUACCUGAGGCAGAUCUAUCACAUCAUCCAAGGCAAUGAGGAAUUAUUGAUGUUUAAACUAAGCGGAAGAACAAACUCGCCCAGUAAUCCUCCUCGCUUUGUGAACUUUGACCUUGGCUCUGAGAGUCACGGGGACACUGUCGGCUUCAACCCUCUCCACCAAUUUGACCAUGUUGGCAAGAAGAAGCUGGAUCAGAGUGCCGUGGUCGACUGGGCAUGGGACUGGCCGAGGCUGGUGCCAGCCUAUCAGGGCAUGAGUCAGGUCACCUUCAAAACUCUGCUGGCCAACAGGUGGGAGAUGCAGGAGGGUGCGGAGAUGGAGGAUGGAGAGAGAUCUAUGAUGAAGGAGCUUCAGAAAGCCUAUUUUGUGUGCUGCUGCAGCCCGAGACCGCAGGACCCUCCUGAAGCUGAGACACUGGCAGAGCAGACCCAGGGGGAAACACAACCAUCCGAUAAGAGUGCUGCCCAAUAACAGCCCACGUAGUUGGAAUUUUUAUCACAUUGUAAAUGUUUGCUUGUAAUACUCACUUGCAGCUCUCGAGGUACUGGAGUGUGUGUUUGUGUGUGGGUGUGAUUGGGUUUGUGCGUGCACUGUAUGCAGCGAGUUCACGUGUGUGUUUGUGUGUGUGUGUGUGUGUGCAUGAAAAGACGAGGGAGAGAGCGGACAAGGAACUGUGGAACAACAAAAAGAGUGAGGGAGAUGGUGCCUCCCUCUUUAUGCACACGCUUCAGACAAACUCUCUGUGCUUUUCUGUGCUGCAUCAGGCGCAUUUCAUCUUUUUGGAGCACAUCUCCAGAAAUCAGUUCUGGGAAAUGGAGGGCCUGGAUUUGUUUGCCUGGGACAAGAUGGGACUGUGUGAUCACUGUCGGUAGUUGAAGUUUUUUUUUUUUUCUUUUUUUGAGACAGUGAGUGUAAAGACAUUGGUGUCAGCAUACUUUCUCCUGGUUCCUGAAAGCAAACAUCAAAUAUUACGGUUUGGAAGCAAGAUGAUGUAUGUUUUGAUUACAGUGUGUCCCAAAAAUCUGCCCCACGAUGUAAUAUCAGUCAGUAUUUUGUGCAAACUGAGAAAACAUUUAUUUUAUGUGUAAUACGUUUGCUCAGUAUAUUUUUUCCAAGCUUG